AAAGUCGACGCUGAACUUUUGACGUAUAGAACGUGUUCGCCAUAAUAAAUGCUGUGCUAAAACGAGUGACAACAAGGUGGCGUUUGUAUUUUUAUCAACAAAUAUUGGUGUAGUUAGCAAGUGUUUUGUCGGCAUUGUAAAAAAAAAUAAGGAAGACGGAAAGAGCGAAGGAAAAUUGAGCAGAAAAGGGCCAGACCAUGGCGUCGGCAUCUGCUAGUGUGGAUUCCAAGGCAGAGCUGACCUCUCUGCUGGAGCAGUGGGAGAGGGAGCAGCAGGCCAGCACACCGGACCUGGUCAACAUCCUGACUAAGAUUUCAGAGCUGGUGGAGAGGGAGACUGAGGAAUAUCACAAAGCUGAUCCGGAUCCUUUUGAUGACAGGCACCCUGGGAGAGCGGAUCCGGAAUGCGUCUUGGGUCAGCUGCUAAAGAUCCUGUUCAAAAAUGAUGACUUCAUGAAUGCUCUCGUUAAUAGCUAUGUGAUGACCAGUAGAGAGCUCACCCUCAACACUGCAGCUUGUCGCCUGCUGCAGAAUAUCAUGCCUGGGUUGGAGACUGCUGUGGUCUUUCAGGAGAAGGAGGGCAUAGUGGAGAGGCUUUUUAAAUGGGCCCAGGAGGCGGAGCAGCCCCUGAGAAUCUAUGCUACAGGCCUGUUGGCUGGAGCAAUGGAGAACCAGGACAUCGCUGCCAACUACAGGGAGGAGAACUCUGUCGUGGUGCCUCUGAUGCUGCAGCGGCUACGCGAGCUGCAGGCCAAGGACACUGAAAACCGGAAGGGGUUUAAACGGCCCGGUCCCAGGAAGAGCCUGGGGGAAUCUCUCCUUCCUCUGGAUGAGGAGACGGUCGACGGGGGCUUCGAGGACAACCCUUUCCCCACGGGGAAUGAAGGCAUUGAGAGGAAUGAGAAGGGAUCAGAUGAGGACCGAGUGGAGAUCCACAGCCAUGAGUCUUACAGCGAGAUCUCCUUCCACCUCAACUACCUUAACCACACCUACAAGACCAGUAGCUGCGCUAACUCCGCUGUCAAAGGACUGAUGAAGCCUGUGUCUGCCCCGCCGCCUCUGUCCCACCGGGACUUCCCCGACGGCAGGGAGGAGGGCAGCACUCACCUCAAGAGGAGAACAGAGAGGGAGAAUGGACGGAAGGUGAAACAGAAACUGAACUUCUCCCUGCCAGACCCGGAGAGGAACUUCAGCGAGCUGUCCAACAGCAGCUGGUCUGAGAUGAGCCCCUGGGUGAUUGGGAACAACUAUCACCUUUACCCUCUGACCCCAGAGAUGGAGCAGAGACUCAUCCUACAGUACCUCACCCCUCUGGGAGAGUACCAGGAGCUUCUGGCUGUCUUCAUGCAGAUGGGAGCCUGUGAGCUGCUCAUCCAUUACAUGGACCUGAAGCAGACCAAUGAUGUACAGCUCACCUUUGAGGCUCUCAAGUACCUAGCCUCCCUGCUCCUGCAUAAGAAGUUUGCCGCCCAGUUUGUGGUCCAUGGAGGGGUUCAGAAGCUGCUGGAAAUCCCCAAGCCUUCCAUGGCCGCCACAGGGGUGUCUCUGUGCCUCUACUACCUGGCCUACAACCAGGAUGCCAUGGAGAGGGUGUGUAUGCUGCCCCACUCUAUCCUGUCUGACGUGGUGAGCUACAGUCUGUGGCUGUUGGAGUGUUCCCACGCCUCGGGCUGCUGCCACGCCACCAUGUUCUUCUCCAUCUCUUUCUCCUUCCGAGCAGUGCUGGAACUCUUCGACAGGCAGGACGGCCUCCGGCGCAUGGUCAACCUGAUCAGCACAUUGGAGAUCCUGAACCCUGAGGACCAGGGUGCCCUGCUGAGUGAUGACCAGAUCUUCUCCAGCAGGCAGACGGCCAAGCACACCUGCAUGGCCCUGCGCAGGUACUCCGAGGCCCAUCUGGCCAUCAAGGUGGAGCAGGUCAAGCAGUCCCUGCAGCGGACUGAAGGGGGCGCUCCCAUUCACCCACAGCCUUACUACAAGGCAUGUAGUUACACCCACGAGCAGGUGGUGGAGAUGAUGGAGUUCCUGAUUGAGUACGGCCCAGUCAGGCUGUACUGGGAGCCUGCAGAAGUUUUCCAUAAGCUCUCCUGUGUGCAGCUUCUCCUGCAGCUCAUCUCCAUUGCCUGUGACUGGAGGACCUACUACGGCAGGAGUGACACAGUGCGUUAUGCCCUGGACAUACUGAGCAUCCUGACGGUGGUCCCUAAGACCCAGCUGCUGAUGUCGGAGUCUGUGGCCGUGCUGGAUGGGGAGGGGGGCAACGCCAUCUCCACCGUGGGUAUGGGUGUAGUCCUGGUGGUGGCAGAGGGAGAGGUGUUUGUGAACGAUGCCGAGAUUCAGAAGUCUGCUCUGCAGGUGGUCAUCAACUGUGUGUGCGCUCCAGAUAAACGCAUUUCCGGCAUCGGCAAGUUCAUCUCUGGCACGCCCCUCAGACGUCUACCCCAGACCACCAAGAACAGCGAGAGCGUGCUCACCAAGAUGUGGAAUGUGGUGCAGUCCAACAAUGGCAUCAAGGUACUGCUGUCCCUGCUGACGGUGAAGAUGCCCAUCACAGAUGCGGAUCAGAUUCGGACCCUGGCCUGUAAGGCCCUGGUGGGUCUGUCCCGCUCCAGCUCAGUUAGACAGAUUAUCAGCAAGCUGCCGCUCUUCAGCAGUGGACACAUCCAGCAGCUCAUGAAGGAGCCCGUGCUCCAGGACAAACGCAGCGAACACGUCAAGUUCUGCAAGUUUGCGGCUGAGCUAAUCAAGCGGGUGUCUGGUAAACCCCUCAUGAUCGGGACGGAUGUUUCCCUGGCCUGGCUGCAGAGGGCAAAUGUGGUGGCCCAGUCCAGAAUAUCCUUUCCUGAGAAGGAGCUACUGCUGUUGAUCCGGAACCACCUGGUGGUCAAGGGUCUGCAUGACACUGCCACCACACUCACCAAGGAGGCCGACCUCCCCAUGGCCAUCCUUCCCCACCCAUCUUCCUCAGCUUUGCUUCCUGUCGUUGUUCCCCCUGCUUCUCCUGCCCCUGCCCUCCCCCGGACCCCUCGGCUGGCCAAUGGGGUCACAGCACGGUUGGUGAGCCACAGCUCUCAUCCGUCCGUGCCGUUGUCAGUUCAGCCUCGUCCCUCGACGUCGCAACUCCUCAUGGUACCUCCGGCCGCCCCUCCCCUGUUGACCCCUCACCAAAGCAACGGCUCUCCCCUGAUUGGGCGGAUCGUGUUCAUGCGAGAGCGCCCGUCGCUGUGCCCCGUGCCUGCCAUCUGUAAGAAGCCGCGGGUGCUGAGGCAGAAGUCAGACUACGGUGCCUUCAGCCAGAGUCCAGCCAUGAAGAAACAGCUGGACAGACACCUGCCCUCUCCUCCCGCCCUGGACAGCAUCAUCACAGAGUACCUGAGGGAGCAGCACGCGCGCUGCAAGAACCCCGUUACCACCUGCCCCCCCUUCUCCCUCUUCACCCCCCACCAGUGCCCUGAGCCCAAGCAGAGGCGCCAGGCCCCAACCAACUUCACCUCCCGACACACACGCAGGGUUGUCUACCCAAAAUACGGAGGGGUGGAUGGCGGCUGCUUCGACCGACACCUCAUCUUUAGCAGGUUCCGACCCAUCUCUGUGUUCAGGGAAGCAGACGAGGAUGAGAGUGGGUUCAUGUGUUGUGCCUUCUCUGCCCGUGAGCGGUUCCUGAUGCUGGGGACAUGUACUGGCCAACUCAAACUCUACAAUGUGUUCACAGGCCAGGAGGAGGCCAGCUAUAGCUGCCACAGCUCUGCCAUCACACACCUAGAGCCAUCACGGGAUGGCUCUCUGUUGUUGACGUCAGCAUCAUGGAGUUAUCCUCUGUCUGCACUGUGGGGCAUGAAGUCAGUGUUCAUCAUGAAGCAUUCCUUCUUAGAUGACCAUUAUGUGGAGUUCAGUAAACUUUCACAAGACCGAGUCAUUGGCACAAAGGAACACAUAGCUCACAUCUACGACAUCCAGACAGGGCAGAAGACCCUCACCCUCCACUACCCGGACCUGUCCAACAACUACAAGAGGAACUGUGCAACCUUUAACCCCACCGACGACCUGGUGUUGAACGACGGCGUGCUGUGGGAUGUGCGCUCAGCUCAGGCCAUCCACAAGUUUGACAAGUUCAACAUGAACAUCAGCGGAGUGUUCCACCCCAACGGCCUGGAGCUCAUUGUCAACACUGAGAUUUGGGACCUGCGGACCUUCCACCUGCUCCACACAGUGCCAGCUCUGGACCAGUGCAGGAUUGUCUUCAACAACAACGGCACGGUCAUCUACGGAGCGAUGCUACAGGCAGAUAAUGAUGAUGAUCUAUUGGAAAUGCAGAUGAAGACUCCCUUUGGCUCCUCCUUCAGGACGUUCAACGCCACUGACUACAAACCCAUUGCCACCAUCGACGUGAAGAGGAAUAUAUUUGACCUCUGCACGGAUACUAAGGACUGCUACCUGGCUGUGAUCGAGAACCAAGACUCUGUCAACACAGACACGGUGUGCAGACUGUACGAGGUGGGACGCCAGAGACUGGCUGAGGAGGAGGAGGAUGAGGAAGAUCAGGAGGAUGACGAUCAAGAGGAUGACGAUGAUGAUGAAGAUGACUCUGACGACGACAUCGACACAGACCCACUGGUUGCCGAGCUGGAAAAUGAAAAUGGAGGAGAGGACGAGGAAGAUGGGAACAAUGAAUUCUCUCCCUCUGACGAUGAAGAGGUAGCUCGUCUGCUUGAGGGGGAUGAUGACGAUGACUCGGAUGAGGAAGAUGGGGACCUUGCCCUGGAUAACACAGACAGCUCAGACCUUGAGGAUGACAUAAUCCUGUCCCUGAAUGAGUGAGGAGUUGUCUGGGACCGAGAAACUAGGACAACAUGUCCGGACAUCUAGUGAGAGCUCUCCCGUGGGUGAACACUCAUUAACAACUGAGACAAGACGGUAAGGUACAGUUGGAUAGAGUUGGAGAGAAAGAAGGAUGGGAUUUGGGAAAUGAACUGCGAGAGCCGACAGCACUGCGAGUUUGGAAUAUUGUCCCAAUGCCCACCUACCGCCCAGGAGCAAUAGUGGGAGAAGCUGAUUGGAGAGUCCGAAGUAGAGGUUCAGAAGAAAGUUCCGCCUUUCAAAAAGUUUCCACGGAAAUGGUAUUCCUGAAAAAAAACCUGAAGAUUUGUUUAUGAUAUAGUUUUAUAUUACACAGUUUGCUUGAUGAGUGGGGAAAAAAACUGGUACACACAACAGACUGAUUCUUUUAAAAUGUUGAUUUCAUUAAAGCUCUUUUCAAAGUUUGU